CCAAAACGCGCAGCACCUUCUUGGCCUCUCCUCUCUCACAGUCUCACUCAGCCACUCUCCUCCUUCCUCUCAUCGAGCUCCUCUUCACUCCCUCACUUCCCUCUCUCUGGCCUCUGAACGAACACACCGAAGAACGCAGAGAAGACAGAAGAGAACUCGAACGCAGCUUGGAGGAAGCACCGAAGCAGCCAUCUCUCGUCGCCGUUCCUCAACGUCCAGCCACCGCCGCUGCUACAGCUUCGGCGCAACGUCGCCCUUGUUCGCCGCGCAUCCGCCUCCUUUUUGGCCAAGCUUCUGCGUCUGUUUUUUGGCCAACCCUUGUUCGAGCUGCUUAGCCCUCUGUUCAGUCCUCUACGCCGCGUGUUCGAGCCUCUGUUCCGCGGCCUUUCAGCCACCGUUCCGCCAUUGUCUGCCUCCAUUCAGCCAUCUCCGUCGCGAUUUAAAGCUCCUCCCUUUCCCUGCACUGUUUGAAUUUCAGAACUGCUCCAUCCUAGGAUGCAAGAUGAAAGCGAGGGUUGUUUGUAGGAAAAUCUAUGAUUACAUACGCUAUGAUCUCAAAGAGAUUGCUUUCCCAUCGUCUUUGCCUGACCCUCCUAACAUUAAAAAGCGUCGCAAAUUGACCUGGGACCAGCGUAUUUGGGUUUUAAAGAGAGCUACUAGGCUUUAUGCCGCAAGCUGGGUUCGCGACAUUGGUCCUGAUCUUUGGCCAGCACAUUAUAAGAAGGAUGAAAUGACCGAAGAACCCAAUGAUGAAAAGAAACCUGCUAAAGGAAGAGAGCCUUCAACACUGGAGGAUCUUGCUGUAGCUGCCAGAGGUGGAAUGGAGACUCUCAGACCUGCCUUGCAGCGCGUGUACAUGACCAGAGCUUCUGCAUACAGAGACGCUCUUAAAAGCUUCAUAGUAGGUUACCAAGAAGGUGUUCAACAAGUAAUGGAGAAGAAAGAAGAUUCCAAAAGUCAAGAAGAUGCUGAUGUGUCCAAAAAAUCAACUUGAAAUUUCUUGUGUCAAGCAGCAACAACAAAGCCUGGUCGACUACAUAGAUCAAACCACGUGACACUAGUAGGACUUGAACCUGAGACCUUUGAGACGAGGAAGGGGCAGAAUGCCGUGUGAGCUAAGACUUAUUGGCUUGCCAACUUUAUCUUGAACUAAAGGUUUUGAUGUACAUAAGUACAUUGUACUGAACAGAUAUAAUUGAGCAUUUUAAAAUAGUGAAAUGUUUGAUUGGACACUUAUACCCUUCAUAUUCUACAGUACACUCCUACCAAAAUACCCAUUAAAUCGUUGAUGAAUCUUGCUAUCAGAUGUAUUCUCUAUGAAGUUGAUUUUAUAGAUGUAUUAUUACAUUAGUAUUUUGAUUAUCCACUAUAUCAAAAAUCAUAUAA